AUGGAUUCUGGUACAGGGGCCGGGGUUUAUUUGGUCGACCAAGACAUCAAGCGCUCAUAUAGACUCUCUAACGAGUGUAGCGUCUUCCAGGCAGAGAUCUUCGCGAUCUGGAAAGCCACAGAGUUGAUAUGGACACACAUCAAUAGGGGGGCUGUAGUGACAAUAUAUGUAGACAGUCAGGCGGCACUGAAGGCCUUGGAAUGUCAUUUAGUACACUCCGACCUAGUAGAGGACUGUAGGAGAGCUCUGGAGGAGCUAUUGGUACACUACUCAGUGAGAUUGUGUUGGGUGCCAGGGCACUGUGAUAUACAGGGUAACGAGGUAGCAGAUGAACUUGCUAGACAUGGUUCUGAUCUGGACCAUGACACUAGGGAACGGGCUGUUAGACCACCCAUUUGUCACUACUACAGGGUAAUCUACGAAAGAUUCCGGGACUGCGCGAAUCAAUCCUGGUGCAGUAGAACAGAUUGCAAAGUGUCCAGGGCCUUAUGGCCAAGACUGAAUGCGAACGCGACUGGAACACUGUUAGAGUUGGAUAGGUACAAUCUCAGGAUUCUAGUAGGAGUGAUAACCGGUCAUUGCUCAAUUGGAGCCUUUAAGGGUAAAUGGGAUAUUGGCACACAGGACUUCUGUAGAGUAUGUGGGGAUGCAGAGGAGAUAGAGACAGUAGAGCACAUUAUGUGCAACUGCCCUAUGCUACAGGGUCACAGACUUAAAUGGCUAGGAAAUAGAUUUCUGGACGAUCUUGGUAGUGUUGCUGGCUGCAAACUAAGCAACAUACUGGGUUUCAUUAAGGGAAUAGGGUGGCUAUUUAAGGGACGUUCUACGGCAGGUCCAAAUCCGUAA